AUGAAUCGGCUUUGCAACUCUCUGGAGCCAAGAGUGAUGGACGACAACAUGCUCAAGCUGGCCGUCGGGGAGCAGGGCCCGCAGGAGGAGGCCGGGCAGCUGGCCAAGCAGGAGGGCGUCCUCUUUAAGGACGUCCUCUCCCUGCAGCUGGACUUCCAGAACAUCCUCCGCAUCGACAACCUCUGGCAGUUUGAGAGUUUGAGGAAGCUGCAGCUGGACAACAACAUAAUCGAGAGGAUCGAGGGCCUGGAGAACCUCACACACCUGGUCUGGCUAGACCUGUCUUUCAACAACAUCGAGGCCAUCGAGGGGCUGGACUCGCUGGUGAACCUGGAGGACCUGAGCUUAUUCAACAACCGCAUCUCCAAGAUCGACUCUCUGGACGCCCUGGUCAAGCUGCAGGUGCUGUCGCUGGGCAACAACCUCAUCGGCAACAUGAUGAACAUCAUCUACCUGCGGCGGUUCAAGGACCUGCGGGCGCUCAGCCUCUCUGGGAACCCCAUCGCCGAAGCGGAGGAUUACAAGAUGUUCAUCUGGGCCUACCUCCCUGACCUCGUGUACCUGGACUCCCGGCGCAUCGACGACCACAUGAAAGCGCUGGCGGCCAUGAAGCACCAGUACGGCAUCGAUGAGCUGAAGCACCGGGAGGCCCUGAUGCAGGCCCAGCUGGAGGAGGAGCAGGCCCUGCGGCAGCAGCUGCAGGAGCACAAGGCUGCAUUUGUGGAGGGCCUGGACGGCUCCUUCCUGUUCGACAGCAUGUACGCUGAGGACGUGGAGGGCAACAAGCUGGCCUUCCUUCACGGCGUGGGCGAGCUCCUCGAGGCCUACAAGAACAAAUUUGUCGUCAUCUGCCUAAACAUUUUCGAGUACGGGCUGAAACAGCAGGAGAAGCGGAAGGUGGAGCUGGACACCUUCAACGAGUGUGUGCAGGAGGCCAUCCAGGAGAGCCAGCAGCAAGGCAAGGACUGGAUUGCCAAGUUCGAGGAGAAGCACCUGAUGAGUCUGACCGCCAUCCGAGAUGAGUCCGACCUGGCCAGCAUGGAGCUGAGGAUAACGGAGUACAACAAGGACAUCACCGAGCUGUUUGAUCUGCUCAUGACGCUGGAGAUGCAGCUGAUAGAGCAGCUGGAGGAGACCAUAAACAUGUUCGAAAGGAACAUCGUCGACUUGGUGGGGACCUUCAUUGAAAACGUCCAGAGCCUAGUGGCCCAGUGCCGGGACCUGGAGAACCACCACCACGAGAAGGUCCUGGAGAUCGCCAUCAACACCCUGGAGAAGAUGGCCAAGGGCGAGCUGGACGAAGACCUGCCUGACGGCGUCCGCGCGCUUUUUGUGGACAAAGACACUCUUGUGAACGCUGUGGGGGCAUCUCACGACAUCCACCUCCUGAAGAUCGACAACCGGGAAGAUGAGCUGGUGACCAGGGUCAACUCUUGGUGCACACGCUUAGUGGACCAGAUUCACAAGGAUGAGGUCAUGCGGAACCGCAAGCGGGUGAAGGAGAUCAACCAGUAUGUUGAGCACAUGCAGAGCGAACUGGACAACCUCGACUGCGGCGACAUCUUGGACUGA